AUCAAUAAAAAAAAAGGUAACUAGUCUGAUCACGAGCAUUUUUAAAUGUAAUUUAAUGUAAUUACAAUUACUUAAUUUUUUGAGUCUAAUUACCUAUAAUUCAGGUUACAUGUAAUUAAUGACUACCCAGCACUGUUAAUUGUAGAGUAAGUUAAAUGCAUUGAAAUAUUUACCGUAUGAAAUGUAUUCUCAAACAAGUUAUUGAAUUAAGGUUUUACUUAAAUGUAUCACUUAAAUCAAAUAACUAUUUCUAGACUUGAAACCACUUGCGAAACGGAACUGACGUUUGGUGGAUGACGUUGACGGCGCACCAUGGCAACGCGCUUAUGCUCUCGCUUCAGACUCCAGACAGAAGAGAUUGAGCGCGCUCACAGUCAGACCCUACAAGCGGAGAUUUGCGAACUACAGCGUUACUCUGCGCUGGACAUACGCAAGAUAUCACAACCGCAUUACUGAGUACGUGUCGUGUUGUUUGUGCGCUUCAUUGUUUCGUAUAAACAUUUGCUUCACGGGGAAAAGUUGAGGCUGCGCAGCGCGAGCGAGAGGAUGCUUGAAUCCAUUGAAGGUACAGGACGGCUCCAUUGGACAGAUAUGUAAAUGUCUAAGAGUUAUGUCCUAAGCCCCAUGGAGAAACCUGUGAGCCCCAGUCAGCUGCGACUGGAGCACAUAUCCUCCGGCGUUCUGAAGGACCUGUUUAACACGGCCUCCAGCAGUUACAACACGCUGCUGCAGAAAGAGUCAGAUGCUCAGGAGAGCCCUAAACACUCCUCCUACAAGUGCCCCAAACGAGUCUCCAUGGCAAGGCAUCGCAACAGACCCUUGCUGACUCUUGCACCUCUAACGAUGAGUGGCCUGGCUUUUGGUUGCAGAGACAGCAGGCACGCUCAGUCGGUGUUCUCGUGUUUCUCCACCAGCAGUUCCAAGCAAACUAACAGCAUCACCAUGCUGGGCAGUGCCAUCCGCCUGUCGCCUGGACCAAUCCCCAGGCCCAAAAACAGCUGCACAGCUGGCACCAAACUCCCACAGCUGUCCAGAGUGCUUCCUGCUGUUCGUGAUGGAGAGAACUCAAUCAAGAAGCUCUGCAUCCUCACUGCCAUAAAGCCAUCAAAUGUAGAGAAAGAGAAGGCCAGGUUUUUCAAAGCAGACUUUAAAUACAAUCCUCAGUUUGAGUACAGCAACCCUCUGCCUCCACAAGUUUUAGCAAAGCACAGCACCGCUUCAGACCGCUUCCUCACACAGGCUGUGCGGAUCAUGGAGUUGGCCUUGCAGAAAUACGGCUCCUAUGAGAAGUUUGAACAGGCUACUGGAGGAAACCUCCUCACCAAGAGCCGCAUCUGGUACCAUGUCAAAAAAUACAUGGAGAAGGAAGGAUGCAUGGGAGAGAAUUUUCUCUCUCUGCAGAUUGUGGUUAAUCUCACGGAUGACCUCCUGUCCAGAGCAUCUAUGACUGUAGUGAACAGCAGACCUACACUCACCAUUAACAUCUCUACUGCCAGAGAGCAGUGGCUGGAGGGGAUGCUGAGGCAUGAAAUCGGUACGCACUACUUCCGUGGCGUCAACAACAGUCACCAGCCAUGGGGCAGCAGCGGUGGCAGGAAGAAACACAGUCUACGUCCCAUCAACCCCACUGAGGAGGGUCUGGCCAGCAUCCACAGCGUGCUCUUCCGCAAGGACCCCAUGCUGUGGCGCGCCGCCCUGCUCUACUACACCGUCUACCAGGCCAGCCGCAUGUCCUUCUCACAGCUGUUUCACAACCUGGGCCGGUUCCUGCAUGACCCCAACACGCGAUGGGACUACUGCGUCAGAGCCAAGCGAGGACAGACCGACACGGCACUGCCAGGUUGUUUUGGUAAGGACCAGGUUUAUCUUGAUGGCAUCCUGAAGAUCCUCAGACACAGAGACAAGAUUGACUUCCAGCUGCUCAUGGCUCUGGGAAAGGUGUCGUAUGAGGACGUGGAGCGCCUGAAGAGUCUGGCUCUGAUGGAGCACGUGCGGAUUCCUCACUUCCUGCAGGACCGAGCGCGCUACACAGAGCAGCUUCAUAAAAUCAUGGAGGUCAACCAGUUAACCGAUGAGGAGCUGUGCAUACUUAUCUGAACACGUGACCUCUGACCUCCAGCAUGAAUCUCACAAAACCUGUCCAGGUCAUACAUUACCAUUCAUAAACAAAAACAGGUUCAGGUCAUAUUUCACUAAAAACCAAAGAAAGAAAGAUUAAAUUACUUUGAGCAACUAAAUUCUGCUUAUUUUUAGAAGCAUUAAAUAUUUGUGAAUUUUAAAUUAUUUUAAUGACACUUAGGGCCUUUCACCUCAGAUUCUUGUAAUUCCUCGUACCUCAUUUAGCAUACAUUUACAAAAAUCUCAUUUUGAUUACUUUAAUGUGAAAACGAAUUAUAUCACAGUCAUUAAUCAUUACCAAUAUUACAAAAUGUAAAAACAAAUCACCAAAUUUCAAAAUGUUACAAUGCAAUUUUAGCACUAAAGUUUUUUUUUUUUUGAUGAGUUUUGCCCUGAGGUAGGUUGGAAAAUAAAGAGAUUUCUCAACAAUCAGUCUAUAUAGGGGCCUAUGGAGCUUUUUUUGUUUUUGGUAAAACUUGUAAUUUUGUUUUUUUAGCCAGUGCAGAGCAUUAAGUCCCUUCUAAAGGUUCUCAGGACAUGUGCUUUCUCUUUUAGGGGAUACUGAGGGGCCAAAUAACAGAUUGCCAAAAAUUUAUAUGUACUACAAGAUCCUUAAGCUGCUUAUUUCCUGAAUUUUUAUGACAUUUUAAUCUUAUAAACUGCUUAUAUAAUUGUUUUUAUGUUUAUGAUGGCAUGUAUUUUACAAUAUAACUUGUGGAUGAUUUGAAUUUCAAACAGCUGAUGAUUACACAAAGAGUCAUUUUCUGGGUGCCAAUAUGUCAACCUUUGUUUAAAAAGUGUCCUUCAUGGAAGCAGACCGUCCUAAAUGUCACAAUUAUAGAGUCUCUACCUUGACUGUACUGUUGAUGUGUAUGACCUUUGACCUUGCUCUGUUCCUGCCACUUUCCCAUAGAUCAAAAAGCACUUUAAAGUUGCCUAUAAACUGAUUUCAUGGCCCACAACAACUUCUCAAUAUGAUCUUAAUAUAUCUAAAUUAAUAAAAUCAAUUCAUGCCUUGCAUUCAGACAAGCUCUGUUCAGAUCUUUGUUUUAAAGCAUGUUAAAUUAAAUUAAAUUUAAAUUAUUUCAGAUUUUUUUCAAAUAUAGUUUAUUGGUUCAUAGGAAGUAGCUUCAGCUUAUUCUUUUUAGGUUGUCUCUCGAUUGUCCACCACAAUUCAUUACUUAAUCUUAAUGUUUUAAGAUUAUUAUUAAGAUUUAUGUCAAAUAUGCAUUAUUGUUUCAUGGGGACAUUAAAGCCAGUGAACUUUAGAAAUGGCAUCAGACUGCAUGUAAGCACAGGCCACUCGAGUUUUAAUUACAGGUGAUUUUAUCCAUGACUUCAAACAAAGUAUGCUCAUUGUUUACAAGUGAGCAAUGCUCAAGCUCCAUUCCCACAAUGCUCUCUGAAACACACGGUGAGUGAUCUUUUGGCAAACUCUUUCCUCAGGUGUCUGUUCUCACAUGUCUUAGAAACCAGAACACCUGCUGAUUGACUCUUACAAGGACAAUUUUCAACAGUUUUCAGCUGCGCUUGCAACCCCCCCCACACACACACACAUAAACACAGGCCCCAUUAAUCUCUACGAGGUCUUCUUGGCUUUCACACUUCCUGCGAUCUGUGGGAUUAAACAGGGAUUGCGGUGUCAUGUGGACAUUCAUGACACUCAUAACAUAUGAACAAGUUACCAUCAUUAUAUAUGCUUAAAAAUGCAAUACAUUUUUAUUGAGAUAUCUGAGAUCUGAGGCCUAUAUUUAUCUUAUAUUAUACUCAUAAUCACAUAAUAAUGAGAGUAUAAAAUCAUCCCGUCCUUGUUACAUCAGCACUAAAUAAUAUUGUUUAAAAAGGCUAAUGUAAUCAAAGGCAUUUUAUCAGAAUGGAGGAUGAGUUUCACUUAAAAUAGUUGAUUAUAUUUAUUAAUAGGAAAUCAAA